CAGAAUUUAUUGCACCAAUUAUGUAUCGUGCUGUAACACUUUUUGGCAGAGGAAGGGGAGGGGAUGGUUUUUGUCAGUAAUCAGGGUUGCCAUCAAACGGAUACUGACUGAGGCACAGGGGAGAAAGCGGGAUAGGAAAAUAUCUUGCUAUAAUUUCACAAUAAAGCGGGUCUACCCAGAGUCCUGACGUGAUCAUCAUCCCUGAACAGAAAUAUUAGCCUGCCCCGAAGUCAGUCCUCAACCAACCGUGGACAAUCUGGAUUGGAUAUCAAAGAUAAUCCGUCCUUAUCCCCGUUAUCUGCCUGCACUGGACCUGGUACCAUAGAUAUUUUCACCCUAGUCUGGCAGCUAGACUGCUCCACUAUACCCUGAUGAAUGAAGACCCCAUUCGGGAAGAGUGCACCCGGCCAGAGAUCCAGAGCCGAUGCAGGACACACAGGUGUUUCUUCAAACAUGAAGAAAAAGGACUCCCACAAGAAACACAAGAACAGCAUGGGCCCCAACAAGGUGGUGUCGUCAUCUGCGCCCCGCCGGAACAUGGUGGGCUGUCGUAUCCAGCACAUCUGGAAGGAGGGGAACACUGCGUCUCAGUCGCUGUGGAAAGGCAUGGUGCUGGACCAGGUGCCCGUCAACCCCUCGCUUUACCUCAUCAAGUACGACGGCUUUGACUGUGUCUACGGCCUGGAGCUACAUAAAGAUGAGAGGGUGCAGGGACUUGAGGUGCUCCCUGACCGUCAAGCCUCCACGCGCACCAGCGACGUCAACCUGGCCGACACGAUGAUAGGGAAGGCUGUAGAGCAUAUGUUUGAGACGGAGGACGGGACUAAAGACGAGUGGAGGGGCAUGGUUCUGGCCCGAGCCCCCAUCAUGAACACCUGGUUCUUCAUCACCUACGAGAAAGACCCUGUUCUGUACAUGUACCAGCUCCUAGACGACUACAAGGAGGGAGACCUGAGGAUCAUGCCUGACUCCAAUGACACUCCGCCUGCAGAGCGGGAGCCAGGGGAGGUAGUGGACAGUCUGGUGGGGAAACAGGUGGAGUACGCCAAAGAGGACGGCUCCAAACGAACUGGCAUGGUUAUCCACCAGGUGGAUGCCAAACCCUCAGUCUACUUCAUCAAGUUCGACGACGACUUCCACAUCUACGUCUACGACCUUGUCAAGACCUCCUAAGGCGACCUUUUACCCUUUGACCUUUUCACACUACUGAGCCGAAUCGAGCUGUACUGGGCUGGCCUGGUUACACGUACAUCCACCAUAGCUGAAAAGACUAUGCGAAAAUAUGUUAGAGGUGGUACAGUUUGGUUCACGUCGGCACGGUAGUGUGAAAAGGGCACUGGGUCUCUGGGCCUAGAGGACAGGAGGUCUGUCUGGGGAGUUAAUGAUGGAUGCAGGAAAGACAAUGGUCAUCAUCACCACAUGGAACCUUACCUUAUCCACCAACUUUUCUUAAAUGUAUCUCGAACGUUUCGUGCAACAGCUUCUUUGAGAUGCGACAGAUGGACAGCUAGAUUGGAUAUUUCACUGAAGCCUUUGGAUUGCUACUAAAGCAUCUCGUGUUCUAGAAUCUAGUCAGAAGAGAGAGAGGGGAGGGGUCACUGUGCAACUGAGUUAUUGGCCACUUGAUUGGCUGAGAAGACUAUUUGUUUCUGCAACUGGCUGCCCCUAUCAGAAUAAAGAUCUGAAGGAUUUGUUACAUAGAUCCCUUUGUAAGGGGAGGGACGGGAGAAAGAUAUCAGCGUUAUUUGAACACUGCAUAUUUAGUGCAACCUUUAAAGUGAAUUACUAUCUGGGUUUGUUUCCAUCUCAGAGAAUUGUUCAAUCCUUGACUAUGAUUAUAUUUGUUUGUUUGUAAUGUUAAAAGAUACACAACAACAUAUGCAGUGAGCAAAGGCAUUUGUUGAAGUUUUGUGAGGGACAUGACCAUUGUUUUAAUUCAAAUGUUUCUUUGUUUUUUUUCCAAUAACUUUUUCAUGUAUGUUCAUAUAUAAUGAUAGUUAAAUACUGAUGCCGAUAUUUGCAGUUUUAUCUGAAGCACUAAUUUCAAAGAAUCCACUCAGAAAACAUUUACGCAGUUGUCUUUAUAAGUUUAGCCUUUUAAUAAUAAAUAUAUGUUGAUCAUUCUCAACAAACACUAUUCAGAAUGAUUGACCAGUGAGAACGUUAAUCUGUAGUCCUGAGACUGAGUUUGUUCAUUAGGCCUUGCCAAAGCCCUCGACCCUUAUCAUUAAUUAUCCAAUCAUAAUAACAGCAAUAAUUAUUAUAAUUAUUCAGAUAAUACUUAUGUUUGUUAUUACCGUUCCUGUAGUCAUAUGUUUACCUUUUUUUGGGGGGGGGGGGUUCAAGCAUAUUUUCUAUAUUUGUUUACUUUUUACUUUUGUUAUAAUACGUUAUUUAGAGACAUCUUCUUCACCUCUGUCUUUGUGUUAAACAGACUUUCUGUUUAAUUGGCAUAGUAACCUUUUAGUAAACUGUUUUAUCAUGCCUUUAAAAAAAAUAAAGAUAGUAUGGUGAAAGCACUGCAAAGUAUUUGGAAACUAAAACUUCAAACCUGCUCCUCAAAAGUGUUCUAAAUUCAGCAGUACCACUACAACAAUACUAAAGUGUUUCUAAAGUCUUCACACAACUGUUAAUUCACAACAAGUAUUCAAAACUUUAAAAGCAACAUAUAGAGUGUGUGUAAUAUUGUACUCAAGGAAAGGUUACUAGCCUCAAUUAGACUUUUAUUUGCCAUAUUUUGUUGAGAUGAGCUGUUUCCCGCCAUUAUUUAAAGCUUAUAAUAAUGUAGUUAAAAUGUGAUAGCUGUUUCUGGCUUUCUCUGUGUGUGACAAAACAACAUUCACCAGAUGCCCCUUUGGAAUGUUACAAUGGUUGUCAGAGAAACAGUGGGCUACUGAGCACUCUAGAACCUCUGACAUACAGAUGUUGUUAAUUACUGUAGUAACAUUUAGUGUUCAUGUGACUGUAACCCCUCCUCUACACUCCUCUGCCUUACUACUCUUUCUCCAUGCCCUUCUCGACCUUUAGCAGUGUUUAUUCCCAGUCUCUGAAGAGGUAGUAUAGUCCUGAUAUUUUCAUUAGCCUGUGUAGUAACAGAACAGAUGUGCCGUUGUGACUGAUUUGCGAUUAGAUAAACCACUGCAUCUUCAGCUGAAGUGCCUGCAGAGACAUAAAGCCCAUUAGUUUUUAUUUUUUACAUUUUAUAACUGUUUUUCUUUCUUUGACUGUAUGGCUGAAUGGUAGCUUUAGAAAUGAAAACCUGAGAGAUUGUGUAUCGGUUAUAAUGAGGCUCAUAAUUUGAAGACCCCAUAAGGUACCGUAUACACCUCUGUAUCUAAGAAAAUAAACACAAGUAUCUUAUGUAUCCUGUUGUAUUCCAAACUGAAAACUGACUUGUGUUUUAUGCAAGAUGUCACCUUCAGGAAAAUAAUUGAAAGUGUUUGAUGGAUUGGCAUUUCACACUGUGUUUGAUGUUGGUUCAUUUUGGGCUAGAAAAUGUAAAAAAGAGAAUAUGAAAAUAGUCCAUUAUUUUUGCAUGAGUAGCAGAAACAGUAGAACUGUAAGUGGAAGUUAGUGUGAGAUACACACAUGCAUCUGUCAUAACUUUUUCUAUGAGGUUAUCUUCAUUCUGUUACCUGUUGUGACGCUCCCUUUUUUUAUUUUCCUCUUUUGCAUUUCUUAAGAAAAGCAAAGUAAUUUUUUGUAUAACAUUUUUGAUUCUGCUCUGCUAUAGGAUGAAACUCACUGGGGUUGUAUGAGGGGCCAAUAGAAAGGCCACAUGAUGCCAGUGUUACACAGCAUUUGAGGGAUCAUAUCUUUCACAUACAAUACCAAUGUUGUCCGUAAAUAUUUUUUAGAUGUAUCUUUUGAGUGCCACAAGGAAAACAUGAACUCAAAGAAAAAGGCCUUAUAAAAUUGGUAGGGAGAUGUUUAUACAGCAUAUAUAUAUAUAUGUGUGUGUGUGUGUGUGUAUGUAUGGGGUGUGCAAGGUAGGUAGCACAUCUUAGUUACAUAUCAGAAGAAUAAACCAUGUACAUAGACACUUUAAAGAGAAAAUAUUAGGGUUUUCAUUUCUCAAAGUUACUCUUAAAUCAGUUUAAAAUAAGAUUUAAAACUAUAAUUUACUGUUUGUUGGCAUCUACUUCAAUGGCUUCUAUUUGAACUGGUAAUUUGUUAUUACUCUAAACAAUGUAGAGUUAAUUUGAUUUGCUUUAGGGGUAUAAGCAUUUAAAAACAUGUUACUUAGAUCUGUCAUUUUUAUAAUUGUUACGUAAGUAUCCUUAUAACAUUUGAGAAAAUAAAAACGUAAUGUGAG